GUGUUCGCCUCUUGCAGUUGCGUUUCUCUCACAACAGAGUCGGUGGCUGAUUCGCGGACUCCGAGACACCCCUCAGAUCGGUUUCACCUCUAUCGUUGCACCUCCCAGUAGUGUGUGUGGUACAGUUCGGUGGAUUAACGCAGCUAGAGAACAGCGCGUCUGUGUGAUUGAGUGUGUCGAUCUCUGAGUGUGUGUGUGUAGGUUGUUGCAUCAGCAGACAAAAGGAUAUCAUCGUUCGUGGAAAUGUCGAGCGCACCGGUACAACGGUUUAUUCAGUUCGGGGCCCACAAGGGCAAGGGCAUCGCCGUCUUCACCAGCGGCGGUGACUCCCAGGGCAUGAAUGCGGCCGUCCGUGCGGUGGUACGCAUGGGUAUCUACGUCGGAUGCAAGGUGUACUUCAUCCGCGAAGGCUACCAGGGCAUGGUGGACGGUGGUGACAACAUCGUCGAGGCAAACUGGUCGUCGGUGUCGAGCAUUAUCCAUCGCGGUGGUACCGUAAUCGGUUCCGCCCGUUGUAAGGACUUCCGCGAGCGGGCCGGACGGCUGCAGGCCGCCCACAAUCUCGUGUCCCGCGGCAUCACCAAUCUGGUCGUGAUCGGUGGUGACGGUUCGCUGACCGGUGCCAACCUGUUCCGGCAGGAGUGGGGCAGCCUGCUGGACGAGCUGCUGGCCAGCAAUCGGAUCACGCAGGACCAGCGCAUCAAGUACAAGAGCCUGCACAUUGCCGGCAUGGUCGGUUCGAUCGAUAACGAUUUCUGCGGCACGGACAUGACCAUCGGUACGGAUUCGGCGCUGCACCGUAUCAUCGAGGCGAUCGACGCGAUCGUCAGUACGGCGUACUCGCACCAGCGUACCUUCAUCAUGGAGGUGAUGGGUCGUCACUGUGGUUACCUGGCCAUAAUGGCUGCUUUAGCUAGCGAGGCGGACUAUGUGUUCAUACCGGAAGAUCCCGUAGUGCAUAAUUGGCCAGAAAAGUUGUGUAAGAAGAUACUGCAGGAACGUUCGGCUGGCCAGCGUCUGAACAUUAUCAUCGUGUCGGAGGGUGCUAUCGAUCGCGAUGGUAAUCCGAUCACGGCCGAGAAGGUGAAGCAGGUGGUCGUCGAUCGUCUGCAGCAGGACACGCGCAUCACCGUGCUGGGUCACGUGCAGCGUGGUGGCAAUCCGAGUGCGUUCGAUCGUGUUUUGGGUUGCCGCAUGGGUGCUGAAGCAGUGCUGGCACUGAUGGAAGCGGACGACAAGACGGAACCGUGCGUCGUAUCGCUCGACGGCAACCAGGCCGUCCGGGUGCCGCUGAUGGAGUGUGUCGAGCGGACGAAAGCCGUCGCCAAAGCGAUGGAGGACAAGAACUGGGAGCUGGCGGUGCAGCUGCGUGGCCGCUCGUUCGCGCGCAAUCUCGAGACGUACAAGAUGCUGACGCGCCUGAAGCCGCCGAAGAGUGCGUUCGACGAGCAGGGCCGCGGUGUCGGUGGCUACACGAUGGCGGUGAUGCACAUCGGUGCGCCGGCCUGCGGCAUGAACGCGGCCGUGCGUUCGUUCGUGCGCAACUGCAUCUACCGGGGCGACACGGUGAUGGGCAUCCACGACGGUAUCGAGGGGUUGGUGGCGGGCCACAUCAAGAAGAUGGAGUGGUCCGACGUGACCGGGUGGGUGGGCCAGGGCGGUGCGUUCCUCGGCACGAAGCGCACGCUGCCCGAGGGCAAGUUCGCGGAUAUUGCCGCCCGGCUGAAGGAGUUCGGCAUCCAGGCGCUGCUGAUUGUGGGCGGGUUCGAGGCGUACCACGCCGCCGGCCAGAUCACGGACCAGCGCAGCAAGUUCAAGGAGUUCUGCAUCCCGAUCGUCGUCAUUCCGUCCACGAUCUCGAACAACAUGCCCGGCACGGAGUUUUCGCUCGGCGCCGACACGGGGCUGAACGAAAUCACGGAGAUUUGCGAUCGCAUCCGCCAGUCAGCCCAGGGUACGAAGCGCCGCGUGUUUGUGAUCGAGACGAUGGGCGGCUACUGUGGCUAUCUGGCAACGUUGGCCGGCCUGGCCGGCGGUGCCGAUGCGGCCUACAUCUACGAGGAGAAGUUCACGAUCAAGGAUCUGCAGCAGGACGUGUACCACAUGGCGUCGAAGAUGAGCGACGGCGUGCAGCGUGGGUUGAUUCUGCGCAACGAAAAGGCGUCCGAAAACUACAACACCGAGUUCAUCUACCGGCUGUACUCGGAGGAGGGCAAGGGACUGUUCUCGACGCGCAUGAACGUGCUCGGCCACAUGCAGCAGGGCGGUUCGCCCACCCCGUUCGAUCGUAACAUGGGCACCAAGAUGGCGGCCAAGUGCGUCGAGUGGCUGGUGGAGCAGCUGAAGGCCAACACUCAGCCGGACGGGUCGAUCAAUGCUACCGCUCCCGAGACGGCCUGCCUGCUCGGACUGGUGCGUCGUCAGUACAAAUUCUCCCCGCUCAAGGAGCUGAUUGGUGAGACCAACUUUAUGCAACGCAUCCCCAAGCAUCAGUGGUGGUUGAAGCUGCGCCCGCUGCUAAGAAUUCUGGCCAAACACGACUCCACCUACGAGGAGGAGGGAAUGUACAUCACGGUCGAGGAAGAAAUGUCGACCGACUCGCCGUGCGCUUAAGUGUGCCCGGGAAAAACCCCCCAAAGAAGCGUAACAUUACCUCCUCCAACGGAAAGGGGCAGAUGGGGCAACAUCUGAAGCCAUAGCGAACAAGUCUUUGCCAAUCUUUCGUUGUCGCUUUAGGCGAAUCUUUAAGCAACAUUACACACACCCACACACACAUACACAAAUUGUGUUUCCUUAUCUUCUUUUCGAUGUUUCUUAGCAAAUGUCUGCGAAAAACGGUUCGCUUUAAGUAGACCGUCGUUUCGCGUAUUGUUUUCGUUUUCUUUAAGUAGUAUUUAUCGUUUAUUGUGUUAACGUUAGCACCCACUUGCAAAUCUAAUUCUAUCUCUAAAGUGUUGUUUUGUUGUUUGUUCUGUGCUAUUAGUGGAAAGUAUUAUUACGAAAUGAUUUCUAACAAAUACACACACAUCACGAUCACGAUCACGUUCGAAGGGUAACUAAGCUGAUAUGAUAAUACCAAAAAAAACCCUCAAAAGCAUAAUAUCGCACCGGUUAGUCGAACAAAAAAGCGAUAAAAAAGGCCAGUGACGCUAAACACUUGUAGUGAAUAUCCAGUAAUCGUGAGGUAUUAUUGCGGGGAUGAAGGCAGAACUACACAAACACACACAGACAAACACUCUCUCUAUCUCUCUCUCUUCCUUCCACUCUGCCUACAACUGAGAGUGGGACUGGAUGCAGAUGAGAUGCUAGAGAGAGAGCAAAUGUUAUAGAUAAUCUAAUCUUACACUAUACGUGAUUCUGAAGGUAAACAUUAAAUGCCGUACCCCAACAGAGCCACCUACAACACACAGAUACACACCGAGAAUCCUAAUGUUAAUGUACUGCUGCUAGCAACAGCCAGCCCCCGUUCGCUAGCGGGACGUACAUCCAUUGAGAUAUGUAAUAAAAAAGAAUUUAUUGUUGUGA